CAGAGAUAGCUCGCAGUUUUCCGAGGUGUUUUGUGAUGCUAAGAAUAGUUUCAAGAACCCCUGGGGUCUGACAUGGAAUAAACCAAGAGAAAGGGUAGAACCGAGAUGUGAGACCAUUUUCCAUUCUCACCAUUUCGUUCCUACAGCAAAUGGACGGUUAAUUUAAUAAUCUCCCUUUAACGCCUGUACAGCGAGGAAUCUCCCUUAAUUGAAAGAAAAAAGCUUCUCAACAAAUGAGGAAUUCAUGGGACUGAUCCAUACUUGGUGCCAAACUGGUAAAGCCUAUUCUUGAACGGGGCAUUCCGUUAGCAGAGACGAGAUGCGUUGCUAGGAAUGGAACAGAAGACGCAUGAACACUGAGUUAGAGUACAAAAGGGGAUAUUUCAUCGCUGCUCCUUGUUUUCCGCUCGCGAGUUUUCAGAGAGCUUAGACAGAACAGAGGACCGUCCGUCCUGGUUUAAAUGGUCCUCAGAAAGCUCCCUGCCACUACGCCUGCAUUUGGUGGUAUGUGAAUAGAUGUCCUUGAGGUAGUUUUCAAGAAGAAUUUGCUCUCCAAGGAUGAAAGGAAUAGCUCCAUGAAGAGGAAUCGGAUUCUAUCGUUCCAGCAAACAAGUAAUCAAGCUUAGAACAGCAUCAGCGAGAACAUGUUUACUUGAGAAGGCCUUUUAUAGCAACCUUAACGCAGUUUCUAGCCCUGAGAUACACAGCUAACGAUCAACAAUGUAUACACGUGAUUCAAGAGUUGUCUACAUGAACGAAUUAUUCAAGGAAGGCUAACAAAGUUUGAGAACAGAUUGGCACGUUACAUACCAGCAAAUCAAUCUGUCCAAUUCCAAGGCCAUUUUUGGUUGAACGUGCUUGCAAAAGUGUAUAUUCGGUAUCCUGACUUUUGAGGGAUGCUAGAUUCAGACAAGCCCUGACUGGAGCGAUGUCCACAGGGCAUACUGGAAGAUAGGGCGGUGAUUGCUUUUUAUAUCCACCUCACUACCAGAUAUGGGUUGAGUGCUGUGUUUGAAUGAUGGUAACUGCAUCAUCAAUAUUCGAGAUGUUCGUGAACUAGAACAAGACGUAAUAUUUAGUGUGUCAAAUGUUGUGAAGUCAACCAACGACAUUUUAUUUACAGACGUUUCUUACCCUCGUGCUUCCUAAGGAUGAAUGUGGAUUUGGUGCCUGGUCAUUGAUGGACUGAUUUAUCAACCUAUCCAUUUUUAACAAUGAAGACCUUUCGCCUGAAAGCAAAACGGAAGCCAAUGGUUGAUUACUAAUUAUACUGAACUCCGGCAGGUUCAUGGGUCUGUAUAUCUCUCCAUCUUGCUGUGUACGCGUCCUUUCAUUAUUCAUUCAGGAGAAACAUGCGUUGUAAUAUACACGUUUUGACUUCUCUAACAUUCGUGUUCGGAGCUAUCACUGUGGGAUCGCUGUGUCUGUCUGUGUCGACUGAUUGCUGGCUGUUAACCAGAGAACACAUCAAACCUACUGACGGAGAAGGAAAGGUUAUAAAAAACGCCUCUAAAUUUUGGCUAGAGACAUGGUCUGGAUUAUGGAGAUAUUGUUUAAAGAAUGAAUUACUUGAAGCCGCCAUGUGUUCCUCCAUUAGCUACCAAGUCAGUAACGAAGGACGAGAAAAUCAGGCAGAAACGACCAUGACGAUCAUUGCCAUGCGAGGAUCGGUACCUCUACCUGUCACAGCGUUAUUCUUGGCCUUAUUUGCCGCCAUCCUGAACGUCAUGGGGAGCAUCCACUCCGAUGUGAAGACGUUAGUGUGUGCUGUAUUUUACGUCCUAGCGGGGCUUGCUCUUGCCGUUGGGAUAAUCCUCUACAUCUCUGCAAUAAACGACGAAGUCGGCUACCGGGCGAGCUCCAAGAAAGAGGCUGGGGGCUUCGAAUAUACUUACGGGUGGUCUUUUUUCUGUGCAGGAAUUUCAUUUAUGUCCUCCGAGAUAGCGGCUGUGAUUUCUGUAACUCUAUAUCUCCGGCGCAAUGCUAAAGUGGAGGACAUGAUCCGGAUUAUUCCAGGAUUAGAGGAAAAAGUGGAUUCUGACAUAUCGAAGGAAGAAGGCAUAAACAACCAAACCAUAAUCCUGUGAUUGUUUCCGUUACCGGAUUUAUGGUUUACAAGUGAUAACCUUUGUCAUUUUCAAUAAGUUGUAGCAGUAGAGUCGACUCAUUAAAUGAGGUUAUGUAAUACGUUGUGGCAUAAUGAUCAAUGUUUACACGAAAACCCAUUUGUUUCCACUAUGUUUCUAAGACGUUUGAUCAACGGUAUAGAUGAAUCAUCCGCUUCAAACGCUAAAUGCGACGGUAACUGUUUACACGUGCUGUUAUCAUUUCCUAUUGAAACAUAAUGUGACAAAUGAAUAUUGAUUAAGUAUUAUUGAUUAAGCAUUAUUAUUAAUUAUUCUAAGCAUUUGGGUGCCGUAUAAAUUUCGAUUUUCUUAACUUUAACACAUACCAAAACAAAUGAUGUAUGUGGCUGACGAGUGUCCAGCUUCGCAUAUAUUUCUGUUGGAGGAUAAUUCUGGAGGAUAGUAUUAAAUAUAGGCACAAAAAUUAUUAUUUUGCAUUAUUAGAGUAUCGUUAGAAUCACAUUACUAGAUCUAUCAAAAGUAUAUAAUUCACACAUACAUAUUUUCCGAAUAUAAUAAAUUACACUGUCAAUGGAACAUUCUCUCAUUUUGACAUGAAGGUGUACAGAUGAUAAUCAUUUGAAUCUCCGUGUAUUGUCGUCAUGUCUGUUCGCAUUCUAGACCGGCUUUUUUAAGCGUAGUUGUGUAUGGAUGAACUAUGCUUCAUCCACGAUCUAAUAAGAUAUGCAAUUGUAUAUAAACAUGCUUACCGUGUGAGUUUCCGUCAGUAGAACGACUCAGUUGUAUACCACAUAGCAGGACAUUGUUUUAUCUUCUAUUCUAUUUACAGCAAAGUACGGUAAUAACGAACACGCUUAUAACGAACUGACGGAUAUAACGAACUAUUUUUUGGUCCUGUCUAUUUGCUGUAUAUAUUCCGUACAUUAUCUUAUAGUGAACUACGGUUACAACGAAUUAUAAUUAGUGGUCCCUUUGAGUUCGUUAUAGCCGUAGUUUACUGUAUUGAAUACUUGUGUGUGAAUACUUGUGCCAAAUGAAACGUGUACGCUUGCAUUCUUGUCUAUUUCAAACAGCUACAGGGGCGGCCGGGUAGCCUAGUGGUUAAAGCGUUUGCUCGUCACGCAGAAGACCCGGGUUCGAUUCCCGACAUGGGUACAAUAUGUGAAGCCCAUUUCUUGUGUCCCCCACCGUGAUAUUGCUGGAAUAUUGCUAAAAGCGGCGUAAAACCAUACUCACUCACUCUUACAGCUGCAUAUGUCACAGUUAAAUGGAAGACAUUUUAUCUCAAAUGUGUAGGGAGUACACUGUCAAUACCACAAUUGAGAACCUGUCCAUCACAUACAUUUACAUAGAUCACAGCUGAAAAUAUGUUAACACAUAUUUGUAUGCGCUACAGCUUUUUAUAUCACAAUUGAAAGUGACACAGUUGGAUUGCAUACUUGUUUAUUAAAUACUGUAUGAAGCAGCGUUUAUAGUUACACAUUCUGAUUCAUUUAUUUGUACGAAAGUUGCUGUAUAUAUCACAGCUGAACUUAUGAAACAUAUUGAUGAUACAGCAACACAAUAGAUGGGUGAAAAUCAGUCAUUAAUCUCUUCUCAUCAGACACUGACACAGUUUUAUGACUUACGUGUGCACAUCACACAGAUGCAUGUCAGUAAGGUCAAUGCCAUCAACUGUUUAUAUAUCACUUAACACACUUAUAACACAAAUUAGAGUAAGACAUGCACUCAUAUUGCUACCUAAGGUACAUAGUUGCACAUAUGUGGUAUACAACUGGGUAUCGUAUGGCUCCUUUUCAGUUGUGUGUUAAACAACUGUAUAACAGUUAACCUCGUAGGUAAGAUACAAAAACCAAACUUAAAACCUGUUCUUGCCGCAAAUAGAUGAAAAGUUCAGGCAGCGCAAAUCAAUAUUCACUCACGCACUUUAUGAUGUUGAAAUGUUCUUGUGCAGGCGGUGUACUAAUAGCUGGAGAAUUGUGUUGUUCAAGUCAACAACGUUUGCGCAACACAAAUGUGCCAACCAUAGUUUAACUAAUGAACGGUGAUGGAUUUGAAUAAGCAAUGCCUUUCAGAUAGGGGUUACAUGUAACAUGUGUUAUAUUUGGGAUUACAUCUUCUCAGUAAAGUACAAAUUCUAAUACAGAGAUGGCGUAAUCCUAAAUAUGACAUGUGUCACCUUUUGGCUACAUUCUAAAAGGCAUUGUCUGUUCAUUGUGUUCAUCCAUGGGAGCCGUGCCAAUUCACACGCAGGGUACGUGAUCUGAGACUACCAGUUGUUGGACUUUCAUUUUUUUGGAAGCCUCGGUGGCUGAGUGGGUUGGGUCGCUGACUUGUGCUGGCGAUUGGUGCCCACACUUUCAGAGUCUGGGUUCGAAUCCCGGAUGGGUCUCCAUCAAAAUUCGUAUUAGAAUUUGUAGUUGGUAAGAGGGAAUAAUCCCAAAUUUAACAUAUGUAAUAGUUGAUUAAGGUUUCAAAGGAAGGGAACUGUUAUUUACAGGAGGGAAAAAUUGUAUGUGGUAACAUUUAGUUCAAUUUAGGGUCCCUCGAGAGAAUCAUGAACAAAAUUGACAAUUUUUUCCCGAUGCUCGCCAAAAAGGGCCAUACAUAGGUAGGCUCAUCGGUAAUUAUGAAUGAAACAACUGUCCCCAAACAUUCACCCAUGGAAUAUAUCCAAUGUUUUUAAAUAUCGAUAUGGACGCGGUGUACAACUGUGGAUGCCGUUUAGAGGAUAUAAGUACUGGGACUGUUGGGUGUGAUGCACAUGGCUUGCACCAUCCGAGUUGGGGUCAAACUGUAGAACUAUAUUCACGUAAAUGGCAUAUUUAUCAACCGAGUAAACAUGCACAGUGGACUGUGCUAGUAAAACCACGCACAUCAGUAGACUAUAUCACAUCAGUCAGCACUAAAAAUCUGUUCUGCUCAAACUACCACCAUGACUUCCAAUUCCUGUGUCGAGACAGUCGACUUUAGCAACGCUAAUCCCGUUAGGAACUAUUUACGUUUCUUACGAAAAGUGGUAAAAGUUUGAUAAUAUUAUUUAUUUGGAGUCAGGGAGAAAAUAUAUGCAGCUUCUCUUCUUUUCAACAUUUUACUUCACAUGCUACUCUGAAUCAUUUUUUUCUGAUACGCUGCGAAUGUUGAACUCGCAGCCGCUGCUAUGUUUUAUGAUAACCGUUGCAUGUUUCAAGAUCAUAUACAACACCACUCUGUUAUGUCACUGUUCUCAGCUAUCGGACCUGUCACAAAGUCACGGCAUGAACGGCUUUGUAAAGUGGCAUUUUGACGUUACAACUGAUAGAAGCAUUGUGUUCUGUCUCGACUUUAACUAUUGAUUGGUGUUCAUCGCAGAUGAAAACAACCGUGAUCAAACUUACCCAGCUUCUUAUGACGUUCACAUUGGAGUUUAUUCAACAUCAUCCUCGAUUAGACAGGGUAUUAUUAUUUUUAUUAUGACAAAUGUACUUUGCACCAAUUCGCUACCGUGUGGGAGUGUGGUUUACGCCACUUUUACCAAUACUCCAGCAAUAUCACGGCAAUAUCAUGUUACACCAGAAAUGGGCUUCACAUAUUGUACCCAUAUCGGGAAUUGAACCCGGGCCCUCGACGUGACGAGCAGACACUUUAACCACUAGACUACCCCACUGUCCUUAGCUUGUUCUAAGCCCGAUUCCAACUACGUGUCGAUAAUAAUAGCCGUCCAAUCAAAUUACAGUCAUGAGCGAGAGAAAUUCUAUGCUAAAUGGUGACGGAAACUUCCGAAACGAAUCUACGGUAGCGAAUGGGUCCGGCGUGUUUUAUCAUUAUAAAUAUAAAGCUCUGGAUAAUCGAGGAUGCAAAAAUGACAGUGAGUCAAAAUGACCACAAAAUAUUUUGGUAACUUAAGAUCGUAUGGUUAUAUUUCAAACUUUAAAUAUCAUGUAGUGCAGUUAGUUUAUAAAUAUUGCUUCAUACAUUAUGUGUUAAAAGUUUAGUGAAGUCAGAUUAACUUAUUAUACAGUAGAUAUGACCUAAUUGUGUUUAGUUGUAUAGUUGUGUUCCGAUGUAUCAUUUGAUGAUAAGCAGUUUAAAAGUUUUAUAUGGAGGUUUAUAUAUGCCUAGUUUGCAUUGUAGCUUGCGGACUCAUAUCAUCCUUGCUCUUUGUUAUACACUCGUUAAACCGGACGAUUUUGUCGCCUAAACAGUCAAAUUACGGUUUGGGGGAAAACAAAACAGAAAUAACUCAUAGACUAGUGGAGUAAGAUUUACAAACAUUCUUGCAGCAUGUUACACGUGGAAAAUGUUUAGCAUGUGUAUAACGUCAUUUAUCCUACCUCUUUGUCAGAAUGAUGUGAUCUGGUUGGUCCACGUGAUCUUGAUCAAAUACUAUGUAUCCCGCCUUGGAGGGAAAUAAAUUUCUCAGCUAGAGAAUAUAUCCCUUAUACCCCGCCACGAGCAAAUCGGUCUUCACGCGGAUUUCUGAACGGCAGAAUAAAUCCUUUAAAUCCCCGCUUCGAAGCAAAAUGCCGCACGCUUUUUCCGAGUCAAUAAAAGUCACGUGAAAUAGCAGCUCAGCUCAAUUGAACAGCUGUUUUCUCUCAAUUUUGAAUUUGUUUUAAUUCUUUUACAAAGUCAAAUUAAAACCAUCUUCCCGAGGCAAGGGAGUUAAUUGACUGUAAAAGUCCAGUUGGACCCUUGCCGAAAUAGGCUGCAAUUUCGAGGUUCGAUCGAAGCGCAACCAGUGGCGAUUACGGAUUAUGUCCUUUCUAUGUCCCUUCGAUGUCCCUCUAAUUGACCAAUCAGAUUCUACCUCCCAUAUCACUUGCAAUUAUUGCAAACAAAAUGGCUGCGCCUAGU